GGCGGCCGUUUCUAGUGCGCCUGCGUGGGAAGCCGUGUUUAGUGCGCCUGCGCGGCCGCGAAUCCCUACCGUCCCUGUGUCUCCGGUAAUCGCCCAGCGUUGACCGCUUGAGUCGCGGCUCAUGCCCCCAGUUUCCCGGCCCGGCUAUUCCGAGGACAUCCUGAGCUCUCGUAGACGGCGACGCAGCUCCUCGGGGAGCCCACCAUCCGCGCGGAGCAAACGUUCCUCUAGGGAUGGCCGUUCGCGCUCUCACUCCCGCGGCCGUGAGGGCCUCAGGCCUCCUUGUAGUGAGUCGGGCGUGGGCGCUCUUGACCCCUUUUGUACCUCUGGGUCGCAGGAGCGGCCCCCAGGGCUCGGCACCUACGCUUUAUCUUCCUCCUCGUUGACCUCGUAUAGCGGAUAUCGCCACCGUCACCACCGCUAUGCGGAAGAACGGCAGUGGGCGGAAGACUACGCGAAGGACAAGGAAGAGAGCUCUGGGCAGAGGAGGCUGAAGGAGAGAGAGAGGAUUGGGGAGUUGGGAGCGCCCGAGGUGUGGGGCCUGUCUCCAAAGUUUCCUGAACCAGAUUCUGAUGAACAUAGCCCAGUUGAGGAUGAAGACGUAAAGCAUAGGAAGAGCAGCAGCUCAGACUCCAGCGCGGAAGAAAAUGGGAAAAAGAAGACCAGUCGUUCAAGGGACAAAAAAAAAAGAAAGAAUAAGUUGUCUAAAAGAAAACAUAGGAAGUCUUCUGAUGAUAGUGACAGUAACUCAAACCCAGAAAAGAAUUCUAACUCUGAUGCUAAAAAAAGAGUUAAAAAAGCCAAGAAGAAAGAGAAGAAAAGGAAACACAAAACAAAAGAACCCAAGAAAAAGAAGAAUAAGAAGACUAAAAAGGAAUCCAGUGGCUCAAGCUGUAAAGAUUCAGAAGACGAGUUGUCUGAAGAUACUUGGAUGGAGCAGCCAAAUACUGCAGAUACUAUGGAUUUAAUAGGUCCAGAAGCACCUAUAAUACAUACCUCUCAAGAUGAGAAACCUUUGAACUAUGGCCAUGCUUUGCUCCCUGGUGAAGGUGCAGCUAUGGCUGAAUAUGUAAAAGCUGGAAAGCGAAUCCCACGAAGAGGUGAAAUUGGGUUGACAAGUGAAGAGAUCGCUUCUUUUGAAUGCUCAGGUUAUGUCAUGAGUGGUAGCAGGCAUCGCAGAAUGGAGGCUGUACGACUCCGUAAGGAGAACCAAAUCUAUAGUGCUGAUGAGAAGAGAGCUCUUGCAUCCUUUAACCAAGAAGAGAGACAAAAGAGAGAAAAUAAGAUUUUAGCCAGUUUUCGAGAGAUGGUGUACAAAAAGACAAAAGGGAAAGAUGACAAGUAAGGACUUGUUAGUUGCACAGCAGGACUUUUAACAACAAAAGUUUUAUAUGACCAAAAGUGGUAAAAGGUUUUACAGUGCUACUGGACUUAACGUAGUAAGUGUCUCAGGAAAAAGCUUCUUUUGAGAUAUCUUUAGCAGCUUAUUUUUUUUUAUUUUAGAAAGUAACAGUUUUAAAAAUAGUCAUUACAGGAGGGGAGUUAGUAAAAAGUGAAUCUUUCGCCGCAGUCCCUGACACCUUUCUUCCAAAAAAUAUCUUUUUGGGUGUCUUCUAUGCAGAAUGUACAUUCUGACCAUACACAAGGGUAUAUGUUGCAGAAUAAAGGUUAAGACCUAUUAAAGUUUUUU